CCUUCGCCCGCCGCCAUGUAUCGCUACCUGGGGGAAGCGCUGCUGCUGUCCCGGGCCGGGCCCGCCGCCCUGGGCUCGGCAACCGCCGACGCAGCCGGGCUGCUGGGCCGGGCCCGGGGACAGCCCGCCACCGCCCUGCAGCCGGGGCUCGCAUGGGCCUCCCGGCACCACUACAGCGAGGCGGUGGCCGACCGUGAGGAUGACCCCAACUUCUUCAAGAUGGUGGAGGGCUUUUUCGACCGUGGCGCCGGCAUUGUGGAGGACAAGCUGGUGGAGGACCUGAGGACCCGGGACAGCGAGGAGCAGAAGCGGAACCGGGUGCGCGGCAUCCUGCGGAUCAUCAAGCCCUGCAACCAUGUGCUGAGCCUCUCCUUCCCCAUCCGGCGCGACGACGGCUCCUGGGAGGUCAUCGAAGGCUACCGGGCCCAGCACAGCCAGCACCGCACGCCCUGCAAGGGAGGUAUCCGUUACAGCACUGAUGUGAGUGUAGAUGAAGUAAAAGCUUUGGCUUCUCUGAUGACAUACAAAUGUGCAGUGGUUGAUGUGCCGUUUGGGGGAGCUAAAGCUGGUGUUAAGAUCAAUCCCAAGAACUAUACUGAUAAUGAAUUGGAAAAGAUCACAAGGAGGUUCACCUUGGAGCUAGCAAAGAAGGGCUUUAUUGGUCCUCACAUUGAUGUCCCUGCUCCAGACAUGAGCACAGGUGAGCGGGAGAUGUCCUGGAUCGCUGAUACCUAUGCCAGCACCAUAGGCCACUAUGAUAUUAAUGCACAUGCCUGUGUUACUGGUAAACCCAUCAGUCAAGGGGGCAUCCACGGACGCAUUUCUGCUACUGGCCGUGGUGUCUUCCAUGGGAUUGAAAACUUCAUCAAUGAAGCUUCUUACAUGAGCAUUUUAGGAAUGACACCAGGAUUUGGAGAUAAAACAUUUGUUGUUCAGGGAUUUGGUAAUGUGGGCCUACACUCUAUGAGAUAUUUACAUCGUUUUGGUGCUAAAUGUAUUGCUGUUGGUGAGUCUGAUGGGAGUAUAUGGAAUCCAGAUGGUAUUGACCCAAAUGAACUGGAAGAGUUCAAAUUGCAACAUGGGUCCAUUCUGGGCUUCCCCAAGGCAAAGCCCUAUGAAGGAAACAUCUUGGAAGCUGACUGUGACAUACUGAUCCCAGCUGCCAGUGAGAAGCAGUUGACCAAAUCCAAUGCACCCAGAGUCAAAGCCAAGAUUAUUGCUGAAGGUGCCAAUGGGCCAACAACUCCAGAAGCUGAUAAGAUCUUCCUGAAGAGAAACAUUAUGGUUAUUCCAGAUCUCUACUUGAAUGCUGGAGGAGUGACAGUAUCAUACUUUGAGUGGCUGAAGAAUCUAAAUCAUGUCAGCUAUGGCCGUUUGACCUUUAAAUAUGAAAGAGAUUCUACCUACCACUUGCUCAUGUCUGUUCAAGAGAGUUUAGAAAGAAAAUUUGGAAAGCAUGGUGGAUCUAUUCCCAUUGUACCCACAGCAGAGUUCCAAGACAGGAUAUUGGGUGCAUCUGAGAAAGACAUCGUGCACUCUGGCUUGGCGUACACAAUGGAGCGUUCUGCCAGGCAAAUUAUGCACACAGCCGUGAAAUACAACCUGGGAUUGGACCUGAGAACAGCUGCCUAUGUCAAUGCCAUUGAGAAAAUCUUCAAAGUGUACAAUGAAGCUGGUGUGACCUCCAUAUAGAUGGAUCGUGGCUGACUUCUUCACUACCCUCUUCACCUAUAACUUCUGCUGACCUAUCACGAGUUUACAUGUAAUCACAGAAAUCCCUUUCUCUCCUGACUCAUUAGAUAAUGGAUACCAUUCUCAACAAGUCAAUCCAAAUCAACCCCUUAAGGAGAAAGAAAUUAAGGUUAGGGGAUCACGUACAAGCUGAGUGUGAAAGUAGAAGUCACCUACACCAGAGAUCCAUUUCGGUAUUUUGCCUUUAAACAAAAAGUCUUCUCCAUCUGGCUGUGCAGCCUUGCCCUGUGGCUUUUCCCAACACAAUCAGUGCUAUUGCUGGGGAAGAGACAGUCAAGAGCAGUCAGUUGCUUACUUACAUUGCUCUAGACAAGCCUGGGACAUACUGUAACUUUAACACUUAAGUAGGUGUGUGGCAUUUUCAGAAGGUGGCAUGGUCCUCAAGUGAGUUCUUAGUAUUUUAUAUCAGCAAAAUAACUCAGUUUUACAGGUUGCAAAUACAAAAACUGUUUCUGUUUAUGAAUUUUAUUCUUUUAGAAUAAAAUAAGUGCAUGCUACUGUAAUAAAAUUGCCUUUAAUCACUUAA